UGCGGGCGGUGGCAAAGACAGUGCGCUGCGGGUAGCACCGCCCGUUGAUGUGCUCGCAUCGCCGGUGGCCCGAGCUCCGAUUGAAGAUGUACAGCUCGGCGCAGGGCGAGCAGUUGGUCUGGCCGACUAACCGCGACUGCAGGCACUGGAAACGGCGCUCGUUGGGGCUGAUGCCCGUUGACAACUGCCGGAUGCCGGUGGCCAGGAGCAUGGCCAGCAGACCAAGCCACCGCACGAGCACUCCCUGACCCUUCAUGGUUCAGACUCAUUUUCAGUCUCAUUUUCAAUCAGCCUCCAGUUUCGCUUUCGUUCGUUUCGCCACCUUUUAAUGGUCGAUGUCAUGGUUGUUUUGGCAAUUGAUACGCUGUUAAUCUCUAUUUCGAGUUAGCGAACUCUUCUUAAAUCUUUUAUCCAAAGAAAUAUCACAACAAAAAGAUUAUAGGCUUUACAAGUAUUUAAAUACUUUUCCUAUAAACGACGCUUCAUUAAUCCGAUUUAGGGCAUUGCUUUAUGGAUAAAAUUUAUCUGCUAUAAAUCGAUUUUAUUAAUUUAUUACUAUUAUUCGAUCGCGGAAUGGCUAAUGGCUAAUGUUUUCUGUUUCUAAUUUCGAUUGCAGACAACCAACAUUUACAGUGGGCCAAAAAGUUUACGAACGUUUUAUAAAAGGUUUCAGUGCAAAGUGUACAUAAACUUUUUUUGCCUACUGUAAGUACUUUUCACCUAAAGAUUCUUUUUAAAAGCAUUUUUGGGCCUUAUAUUAAAAAUAGAUAUUCGAUUGUGUUUCUAAUUUUUAAAUACUUUUUGUUUUUCAAUUUUGAUAGCAAAAACACAAAUAUUGAAAUACUUUAUCCUUUAAAAAUGCCAUUCAGUUCAUAAUGUAUAAGUAAUAUUGAUAAACAAGAAAUUCGUUUACAAAAUUUUUUUUUUUUUUCUUUUUUUUAGUUUUGAUCGCGAAUAAUUCAAAGUUCUCAAAGCUUUGUAGAAUAUGUACUCGUAUUAUGAAAUGUGUUAUAGUUAUUGAGCUUGGUAAAAGAGUGAGAUUUCUAUAAUUAUCGAGGAAUAAUAUAAUUUUCAAGAAUUUCAAUCUAGUUAUUUUAAAUGCUUUAAAAAAAAGUCAAAAAUAACUAAGACAAAGUCGAGAAUAUAUGUCAAAAACUUCCAUUUUAUGUUAGUUUGUGGGGAUAGUGAUAUUCGAAUCUCAAGGACCUUUUCGAGUGUGAGAGCAGCCAGCUUUUAGUCCGGCAGCCGGCAGAAUGUCCUUGUGAAUUCCAGCUGAUUGCGUUGCCAGGACGACCGACGAAAAAAAUACAACAGAAUUAUCUACCUUAUAGCCAGGCGGAUUUGGGAGAAACGGAAAUCCUGUUUGGGAUGGCGUUCUCAGUGUCGCCACAUCGGGCCAACCUGGUGCUCCAGAUGCUCCUCCAGGCCAACACGUAUGUGUCUAUGGCUUGGGCCCUGAGCCACUUGCUCCACAUGCUCAUCCGCUUCAGUCACUUGUGCAACUUGGAGGGCCUGUCCAUGCUGGCAGCCUACAUCCUGGCCGUGUCCGCCGAAUCCGUGCGCUUGUGGGCCGGCUACUCCAUCAAUCUGUGCUCCGGCGCCACCGCCAUGUGGCUCCUGCUCACGGUGACGCCCUGCAUCCUGCUGCCCUCGAUGGCAUUCCUCCGUCUGUCUUCCGCCGGACGAAGUCUAUGGCUUGGCAUUGUCACAAAUGCCGUGCUGGCGAUGAUUGCCCUCGAGGUAGUCGCAUGCCUGGUGCACUUUGUGAUCUGUAAGCCGGGUUCGAGGAAGAAGAUGCCCAUGUCCCUGGAGGAACAGGAGGAACUGGACGAGGAGCAGCAGCUAUCCGCCCGAGUAGUGAAGUGAAGAAGCGACAGCAGGCGUAGAUUAAGGCUCUGAGGUUUACUUGGACAUUGGCAUACAUAAAUAAUAAUAAAGUAGGAUAAGCUAUUGAAGCUAAGCUAA